AUGAAAUCAAAUUUUCAAUUUCAGAAUCUGUGUGGAACGGUAUAUAGACAAGGGAAUGUCGUUUUUACACCGGAUGGAAAUUCAGUGCUGAGUCCUGUAGGAAAUAGAGUAUCUGUUUUUGAUUUAGUCAACAAUAAAUCGAGGACAUUACCAUUUGAAAAUCGAAAGAAUAUAGCUUCAAUAGCACUUUCACCUGAUGGUAAUGUUUUGAUAUCGAUUGAUGAAGAUGGUCGAGCUCUCUUGGUACAUUUUAGAAAAGGAACAGUUCUUCAUCACAUAUCGUUCAAGGGAAAAGUCAAUCAUGUAUCUUUCUCACCCGAUGGGAAAUAUAUAGCUAUAACUCAUGGUCAUAAGAUACAUGUAUGGAAGACACCAAGUCACCUAGUAAGGGAAUUUGCACCAUUCGAAUUACAUAGAGAAUAUUCAGGUCAUCAUGAUGAAGUAACAAGUGUCUGCUGGAGCAAAACUUCAAGAUACUUUGUCACUACUUCUCGUGAUAUGACUGCUCGACUCUACACCCUCAACCCACUAGAAGGAUUCAAACCAAAACAAUUCGCAGGUCAUAGGGAUGUAGUGCUGAACGCCUUCUUCUCCGAAGACGAGAAAACUAUAUACACAGUCUCGAGAGAUGGCGCCGUUUUUGCUUGGUCUGCUAAAAAGGGAGCUUCUGCUGAGGAUUCAGAUGUAGAAAUGGAUAUCCUAGAUGCUCCUUCGACUUCUGCGUCCGGUGCAAACUUAGCUCUCGAACAUACGGUGGCUUAUACAAGAUGGGGAAUAUCGAAUCGACACUUCUUCAAUCAACCUGGAACAAAAGUUGUUUGUGCGACUUUCCACCCAAAAACAUCUUUGCUCAUUGUAGGGUUUUCAACUGGUGUUUUCGGUCUAUGGGAGAUGCCCAGCUUUACACCUGUUCACACACUUUCCAUAUCGAACGAGAAGAUCUCUUCAGUUGCUGUGUCUGCUUCAGGCGAAUGGUUAGCUUUCGGUGCAGCAAAAUUAGGUCAAUUGUUGGUGUGGGAAUGGCAAUCCGAGUCUUAUGUGCUCAAACAACAAGGUCAUUAUUACGACAUGAACACAAUAUCCUUCUCUCCCGAUGGUCAAAAUAUAGCUACGGGUGGUGAAGAUGGAAAAGUGAAACUUUGGAACGCAACCAGCGGAUUUUGUUUCGUCACUUUCCCCGAACAUACCGCUUCCGUAUCAACAGUCGAGUUCGCCAAACAAGGACAAGUAUUAUUCACCGCUUCUUUGGAUGGAACUGUUCGAGCAUACGAUAUGGUACGAUAUAGAAAUUUCCGAACAUUCACCUCACCCACCCCAGUACAAUUCUCAAGCUUAGCUGUAGACCCAUCAGGAGAUGUAGUAUGCGCUGGAUCUCAAGAUUCAUUUGAGAUAUACAUGUGGUCGGUCCAAACGGGGAAAUUACUUGACAUCUUGACAGGACAUACAGCGCCUGUUUGUGGAUUAGCAUUCUCGCCUACAGGUGACCAACUAGCUUCUGCAUCAUGGGAUAGAUCGAUACGACUGUGGUCCGUCUUUGGUCGAUCAAGAACCACUGAACCCAUAACGCUAUCCAGUGAAGCUACAGCAUUAGCUUUCCGACCUGAUGGAAAAGAAGUCUGUGCCUCGACGUUAGAUGGUCAAUUGACCUUUAUCGACGUGGCGGAAGGUGAAAUCAAAUCUGUCAUAGAAGGUCGAAGGGAUAUCUCGGGAGGUAGGAAAGUGGAUGACAGGUUGACUGCAGCAAAUAACGCCGCGUCCAAAUACUUCAAUUCCGUUACAUAUACAGCGGACGGAGGUUGUGUAUUAGCAGGUGGAUCAUCAAAAUACGUUGUGAUCUACGAUCGCCAAGAAGGAGUGAUGAUCAAGAAAUUCCAAAUAUCGGAAAACUUAAGUCUGGAUGGUACAUUAGAAAUGUUAGAUAGCAGGAAAAUGACUGCUGCUGGACCGAUUGAUUCGAUCGAUGAAACUGGUGAUAAUUCAGAUUUAGAAGAAAGACUAGAUAAGACAUUACCUGGUGCAACAAAAGGUGAUUUAUCAAAAAGACGUUAUAGGAGAGAAGCGAAAACGAAUUCAGUUAAAUUCUCAUCAACUGGAAGAUCGUGGGCUGCAGCUUCGACUGAAGGUCUAUUGAUUUACACAGUAGAUGAGACUACUUCAUUCGAUCCAUUUGACUUGUCGCUCGAUCUAACACCUGAGAAUAUCAUCAAAACGUUGGAACAAGGUGAUCAUUUGAUAGCUUUGAUAAUGGCUUUAAGGUUAUCCGAAAAACCAUUGAUUCAAAGAGUAUACGAAAAUAUACCUCCAAGUUCAAUAAGAUUGAUAUCAAGACAAUUACCCAAAGUUUAUAUUGAAAAUCUGAUGAAAUUUAUAAAUCAUCAUAUCGAAAAUACACCUCAUAUCGAAUUUGACUUGUUGUGGAUAGCUGGAAUGUUGACUUCUCAUGGAAGAUCAAUAAAAGAACGUAAAGGUGAAUUGGCGGGUACACUAAGAGGUCUAGUCAGAGGUUUGAUGAAUCUGGAAAGUAAUGUUGCCAAAUUGAGCGAUCAAAAUACUUUCUCAAUAGAUUAUAUCAUUUCACAGAUGGAAAGAAACGAAAAGAUGAACACGAGUAAGAAGAUCAAUGGUCAUUCUCGUGAUGAUCUGGCCGAUCUAGGUAUAGAGAUAGAUGUGUAA